AUGGAAAGUAUACAAGAUUCAAUCCAGUCAAAUCAAAUCAGCACUGACACUACAAUUAUCCGUGUUCCCUGCAUCGCGCAUGUGAUCCAGCUCAGUUUACAGAAGCUUCUUGGUCAGAUAAAAGCCAAUCCAAAGAAUGAGACAACAGAGAUCAAUUGGUCAGAGGCCCGAUCACAGUCACUGCGAGCAAGACAGCAAAAGCGGGAGAUUGCUAAUACCCUUAAUAAAGUAAGGGCGCUUGCAAUUUUUAUUAAUGCAAGCCCUCAACAUCGUGAAGCCUUCUAUAAUCUCCAGACUGAAGCACCAAAGCUUGUGCCGAUCCAAGAUGUUAGGACUCGCUGGAAUUCCACCUUCUUAAUGCUCCGAAGAGCAAAGAAACUGCAGCCAAUCUUUGAUCAGUUCUGCUCACAAAAUGGUCAUGAUCACUUGAUGCUUGACCAAGAAGAAUGGCGCCAGAUUGAGUAUCUUCUUUGGAUCACUCAAACAUUCUUUAAAUUCACUACCGCGCUCUCUCAAACAAAAGAUGUGACCAUCCAUCUUCAACGGAAGAAAGUAGCCUGGAAGAAGCUUAUGCUUAGUGCUCUCCAUGCAGCGAAGGAGAAGCUAUCUAUCUACUAUGGGGAAACAUAUAAGGUCCAUGGUGAUCUAUUUGCAAUUGGGACAAUCCUUGCACCGCAAAACAAGCUUCAGUUCUUCAGUAAUAAGGAUUGGGGUCCUGAAUUACGUGAUCAAUAUCGCAAAAGCUUUGAAACCUAUGCAGGUCUCUAUAAGGAACGCUUAUCAGCUACACAGGGCUCGCCACGGGUAUCAUCUUUGGGUGUUCAAACAUCAAAGAUUGAUGCGCUUUUUGCUCCUGAUUUUAAUCAAUCAGUGAGUACUAAUGAGACUACACAGUACCUUGAGAGUGAGACGGCCCCAAUUGCUCCGCGAACAUUCUGGAAUGAGCAUGAACAUAAAUUUCCAGCUCUUGCAAAAAUGGCACGCGAUGUACUCUCAAUACCUGCCACUGGUGCUGGUGUUGAGCGGCUUUUUAUUUCUGCUCGAGAUGUCUGCCAUUAUCGUCGAGGCUCGCUUAAUUCUACGACAAUCCAAGAUCUAAUGCUAUUCAUGUGUACAGCAAGGUUUGAAGUGGAAGAGAAGCAACUUUCCCUUAUGAAACAAUAUCUUUCAAAUGAGGAACAGCAAGCCCUUGAUGAAGAGAAAGAUGCUCAACAGCUUCAAGAUACCCUUGAGCCAAUCAGUGAUAAUGAAGAAGAAGAUGGCCUGGAGAUUAGUAUAGACCAGCCGGCUACCCAGCAGCUAUCUAAGCGUGCACAGGGUGAAAGACGAAGGAGUAUGGUAUCUAAUGGGGAGCAAGAGGGCCAGGAACCUUUUCUGUCAGAUGAUGAAGUGGUACUUCCUUUACCUGACACGCAACAGCGUAUCUCUGGACGAAAUCGGAAGCGUACAAGGCGCGAGGAUGAUCAGUUCCUUCAUUAUUAG